GUUUGACAGUUCUGUUGCGCGGCAUUCUGGGCAGUACAAAAAAAAAACAACAAACACGCAUUCGUUUGUUCACCGCACAACUCGCUCGAAACCGUGUUUCCUUUCAUUGUAGACUACAGGCAAAAUUAUGUCCUUCCCCAAGGCCGGACCUAAACAGCCCGGCGAAUCCAACGACAGCGAUGAACCAGGUCCGGAGCAUCUUAAAACCCUGUCCGCCAGCUUCGGUCACACAUCGUUCCGGCCGAUGCAGUGGCGCAUCAUCCACUCCAUCAUCGUGCAGCGGCGGGACAACUGUGCGAUCAUGACGACCGGUUACGGCAAAUCGCUCACCUACCAGUUCCCGUCCGUCUUUCUCGACCGGCUGACCUUCGUCGUAUCGCCCCUGAUCAGCUUGAUGCAGGAUCAGGUGAUGGCGCUGAACCUGUGCAACAUACCCGCCUGUCUGCUCGGCUCGGCCCAGAAAGAAUCGCGCCUGGCGGACAUCAAAGCAGGCCUGCUGCGCGUCGUAUACCUUACGCCCGAGUACAUUGCGACCGACGCUGGCGAGUCGCUGCUCCGAGCGGUGCAGGAUCAGCUCGUCCUGUUCGCGAUCGAUGAAGCGCACUGCUUAAGCAAAUGGGGCCACGAUUUCCGGCCCGCCUACCGCAAUCUGGGCGUGAUACGGAAGCUCUGCCCCAAGGUGCCCAUACUGGCGGUUACUGCGACGGCCACGCAAAAGGUGCGGGACGAUAUCGUUGCCUCGCUCGGGCUGGUACGGCCCCAGGUGCUCUGUACCGGGUUCGAUCGGCCGAACCUGGAGUUUAUCGUGCGGCCGAAAUCACCGCUCGGCCCGAUGCACGACAUACAGCCACUGGUGGCGGAAACGGACGGAAGCACCAUCGUCUACUGUCUGACGCGCAAGCAAACGGACGACAUUGUGGGGCUGCUGCAGGCCAAGCGCAUCGACUGUGCGCCGUACCACGGCGGCAUGUCGCUAAACCGGCGGAAGGAGGUGCUGGAAAGCUUUGUGACCGAUCGGGUGCGCGUGAUCGUGGCAACGAUCGCGUUCGGCAUGGGCAUCGAUAAGCCGGACGUGCGGCUCGUCAUACACUACGGCGCGUCGAAGGACCUGGAAAGCUACUACCAGGAGGCGGGUCGGGCGGGCCGAGACGGGCAGCCGGCCCGCUGCAUCAUAUACUGGAGCGCGAGCGAUUUCAAAACGCACGAAUUUCUGCGUUCGGAAAUCCCCAGCUCGGUGAAGGCAACGCAGGAAGAGCUCGGCCGCCGGAUGGCCGAGUACGUGGAGCUGCGCGACUGUCGGCGGCGGUUCAUACUGAACUACUUCGAGGGCGUCAUGCCGGUCGAGGCGCAAAAAGCGGAGCAGGGGCAAGCGACCGCACCGAAGCUCCGCUGCUGCGACAACUGUACGCGCGGCGGUUUGGCGAAGGAUUGCGAGCGGUACGAGGGGAUCGAUGCGGACGGCUGCUACAAUUUUGCGUCCGACGCCGAACUGUUCCUGAAGGCGAUCGGGGCGUUUUAUGGCGCGGUCAGCAUGGCAAUGCCCAUCUUGUUGCUGCGCGGCUCCAAGAACAAAAAGCUGCCCGAACGGUUCCACACGAACGCGCUGCACGGGAAGGGCAAGCAUCGGGACGAGGACUGGUGGAAGGGGCUCGGCACGCUGCUCGAGCGGGAAGGCUACCUGAGCAAGACGAAGAUCACGAACCAGUUCAACAAAUUUGCUCAGGGAGUGCACUACCAGCUAGCACCUGCCGGGCGCCGCUGGCUCGCGGACGGUGGCAAAGAUCGCAAGCUGCUGCUCAAACCCACCACCACCAUGUUCCGAUCGCUGACCGUCAUUAAGCCCGCCUCACUGUACGAGACGGCGCAGCUGCCGGCGGCUCGGCCGCCCGCAACACAGCAAGAUCUGCGCCAAGAACUUGUCAAGUCGUUGCUGAAGAAGCGGGCCGAGCUGGCGACGACCUACGAGUGUAUGCCGUACAUGAUCGCGUCGAACGCGGCCCUGCACGCGAUGGCCACCCGGCAGCCGCUCAACCUGCAGGAGAUGAAGGACAUCCAGCUGGACGGGUUUUCCGACGCGAAGCUGCAAAAGUUUGGGCGCGAGUUUCUGGUGUGCAUACAGCAGCAGCGCAAUCUGCUGCCCGGUGCCAGCAGCUCAACGACGCAGCACCAGCCCAGCCAACCCUCGAUUGAGGGACUGUCCGCAACGAAAGCCACGAGCUAUAGUUUGUGGAAAAGGGAGGGCAAAUCGAUUGCCGAGAUUGCCGCUAUAAGAAGCCUCAAGGAGGCAACCAUCAUCGAGCACAUACUGGACGCAGUACGGUCGGGGCUGCCCGUUGAGGAGCGUGAUGUGAGCCGGCUCGGUGUCCGGGAGGAUGUGUACGCAGCGAUUGCCAUGCAUCUGCCCGCCGAUCUCGGCCAAUCGAUUACGCUCACCUCCAUCAAGGAACGCUGUCCGCCGGAGAUUACGUUCAAUCAGGUAAAGGUCGUACUGACCUGGGAGCGAUGGCGACGGCUGCGCGCGAAGGAAACACCGCCAGCUCCUCAACCGAAGCCAGUGUUGGCCGAAAAAAAGUGACGAAAGUGGUCAACGAAGAA